AUGACCACCAUUGAAUCCACAAGGCUGCGACCGGCCCACCAGUUAACACCGACAUCAACACCCCUGUCCAUUCUCGACGCGACGGUCGCGCGCUUUAGCCCAACAGGGGCAAUUUGGAUUUUCAACCAACCUGCAAAGCUAGAUCAGAAGAUCUUGAUCGAUAAUCUGCGAAUUUCCUUCAUUGAAACACUGUCAAAAUUCCCUCAGUGGGCAGGCCAACUCCAAUGGGCACCCGUCAACCCCAAAGGAAAACACACAGAGCGAUUCAAUCGUCCAUUGAUAGUUUACGGGACUGAUGCCGACCCAGGUGUUGAAUGGACAGUAAUCGAGCAUCCCCUCCGACCAGAUGAAAUUGUCCCCACAUCAGAGGAACGGGCUUCAUCAACCGCCGGAGCAUGGAUAGGCGAUAACUUCAACCAAAGCCUUUUCAUAUCAUCUACCCCGCUGGCAUUGGCCAAUCUGCACGACUAUACCGGUCUUCCAGGAAUGCAAGUGCAAAUCACUCUCCUCCAGGAUGGAGGCUACGCCAUUGGCAUCAAGCUAGCACACUGUCUAGCAGACGCACAGGCUUUAAUGGUAUUCGUACAUCUAUGGGCGUAUAACAGCAAACAGAAAUUCGGAACCCAGCCCGAAUCCCCACCAAUGGGCGAGCCCGUGUUUGAUCCGGCGUUGCUGGACAGCUGCGCCGCAGGCAAUAUCGAUAGCUCCGAGCCAGACCCAGACCUUGUGAUUACCGCGCGUAAAUUACCCCUGCAUCGGUAUAGCUGGUGGGAUACUGCCGACGAGGGAUACCCACAAUUCUUAAUACCAACGACAGAGAACUCCAAGCCCCCACCGGCAGAAAUAGACCCCAAACGGGUCUCGCCCUCAGAGCCAGCGCCUUGGCUUUCAUGGGAUUUCUCCAAACCAGUCCGGUACACACAGUUGCACUUCACAGGCGAAGAGCUAAGCAAGUUCCAAGCUCUUGCUCUCAAUACCCCAGGAAGUAGAAGUGAUAUUUCUAGACUGGACGCUCUCCUCGCACACCUGUGGAUCACUAUUAUACGAGCACGCGGACAAAAAGACUCUCCAAGACCCGUAUAUAUGAAUUUGAGCCUCGGCGCGCGACCACGUGUUUCGCCCGCUCUUCCUGAUACAUUCAUUGGAUCCCCGCUGUUCCUAACUCAUGUGGGUGGAACCGCUUCUUCCGCUUAUCAGGAGAAAUUAGGCGAGACGUCUAGUCGGAUCCGAGAGACGAUGAAGGGGUUUACGACUGAUGCUGUGGGUGCGAUGCUUCACGAUGCUGCACAUGAGGUGUCGCCACAGCGGCUGUGGCAGGGAUUUUUGGGGCCUGAGCAUACGAUUGUUACGUCGUGGUUGAGGCUGCAGUUGUAUGAAGUUGACUUUGUGGGCCGGAAUAAGCCACGUUAUGUGCAUGCUAUUAUGCCUAAAAUGGAUGGGUGCAUCCAGGUUAUGGAUAGUGGGGUUCCGGACGGGGGGAUGGAUGUUGCACUUUAUCUUGAUGGGGUGGCUAUGGGGCGGUUGCUCGAUGGUGACUGCUCCUGA